AUGCAACAUGAUUUGAGUAAUAUGAUAAAUAGAAUCAACGUUAGUAAUGACGAAUUGUAUAACAAUGAAUUAUACAAUAUAACGACUUCUGAAAGUACUUACCAUAAAAAAGUUCAAGCUAAUAUAGUGUUUUCUGGGUGGAAUAAUACGAUUAAUGAAAUCGAUGCCUUGUAUGAAAGUAACCAAAAUGAAUUUG